ACUCGGACACAAGAUGGAUCUAUGACCGACUAACCGACAUUCCAGCGUCGUCGAUGUCAUUCUGACGCCAACAUCCAACGGGGGAUCCACUUGCAGCACCAAGACCGAACACCCCCAGUUCCCCAGAACGCACGUACCUGGGAUCUUCAUUGAUCAACUGCAAGGAUCAUGCCCUCCAGUCAAUCCCCCGAGCCCUCGGCCGCUUCACGAUUCCUCCAAUCCGAGGUGUACCGACUCGGCGCCCAGCCGGGCCUGCGCUCUCUACCUCCAAGCCCUGAUCGCGACUUCCUGACCCUGACUUGGGGUCCCAUUAUCUACCGCACGACGUAUGCUCCCGAAUCGGACCGUCUCUUGCCUAUAUUCCUGCGGGCGCUGAACAACGAAACCCAACAAGCGCUUCCACGAUGUCUCUCGGGAACACCCAAGCAACUGCAUCUUUUGGAAACCACCUACGCGUCCAAGGUCUUCAGCAUUGAGGACUCGUAUCAAGGAGCAAACGAAGCAACCAUCCGGAAGGCCUUCCGGCAAUGGAAGAUCGCCCUAGCAUUGCCCUCGUUUGAAUUGCCCGUGCGACUGAGGAUAUGCCUGAUCGUCGACGAAGUUGCAUUGGCUUCACUGACGAAAAGAGUGGACGCGGCUGCAUCGGAAGGAAAAGAUAGUGACCUUUCGCGAUGUCCGGUUAAGGUUGUGGAGGAGAAUUUUCCAGAUAAAUUGCGAAGGAAUUCGAAUCCUGCCAUUGGGCCGUAUCCCGGCUGGACGACGGUGGUAUUAUCGUCACUUGUCGAGGUGUAUAAUGGACUGCGACAUGGAAAUGGCCUGGUGGAGUACCAUCAGCCAGGCCGGGUAUAUACAGGGAACGGACAAUGGGAGCUGGAGCGUGACGUGCUAUAAAGAACUCCACUGUACAUAGACAGCUCAGGAUCUUUGCGAAGUUUUGAGCAAAUCAUGAUCCCGAUGGCUUAUCAUGAAACCCAUUUAUUGGGAAGUGUUAAAGAACUCCCACAUUAAACCAUCGAAGUCAGGGACCCCUGUC